AUGAGGAAUGACAAUGGUCCGACCGCCCGGGCUAGGGUGGGUGCGGAGCGGCCUUGGGCAAGGAAACUGCUUCGGGUCUGCCGAAGGGCACGGCCUUUGUUCCAGAAGCCGGCUGCAGCCCGGGCCUCUGCGGGAGGGGCAGGAGAGAUCCACUUCCACCUCGGCUCUCGCCGUUCCCGCCCUGGGAAGAGGCUGCGGCCUCCGAGACGUGCGCGUCUAGAAAGUGGAUUCCGCCGGAAGGAGAAGCCGGGAACCCGGACAUUUUGCGGGCGGAGGGGGUCGAUCGGCGGCCCCGGUGCGCCAGACGCGCUCACGCCGGACCCGGAGAGCUGGGGAAGGCCUCGCAUCCGCUUGCGGAGGAGCCUGGCGAACAGCUUCCCGAACCUUUGCAGCCAGUCGGGGGAGGCGGCGUGGAGGGGGAGGGCUGUGGGGCCUGGGAACCUGGAGUUCCGGGGGCCGCCGGAUGCGGGCUGCACUUAUGACUGGGAAUCUGCCACCCGCCAGGAGCUCAGGUGUCUCCUGCGCCCCGACCCCCAACUCCUGCUCCUCCAGGAGUCCACAGCUCCCAUCCAGACGUGGGCCUGGGGCUUCUCGCUCUCUACCCGACCUGUUGCUUGCUGUCACCUCCAUAGUGGACUCUGCCCCGCCCACGCAGGUCCUUGAGAAAGGAGGUGGGG